AUGCGGUGUCCCCGCGUGUCCCUGUGGGGGCUGCUGGCCCUGGCCCUGGCCCUGCCCGGGGCUCGCCCGGUCCGGUUCGAGCGGGCCCGGGCGGACGCGCGAGCCCUGACCCGGACCCUGAGCGCGCGCCUGCAGCAGCUGCAGCUGUUCCCGCUGACCCUGCGCGUCACCGGCCUGGAGGGGGUCCCGGAGGGGGGGGUCCCGGCGGGGGUCCCGGCCGGGGGGGUCGCUCCGGGGCUGGCGUGGGCGGCCCAGCGGCUCCAGCUGUUCCAGCGGCUCCUGGGGGCGCUGGCCGGGGGCGACCUGCGCCUGGCCCAGGUGGCCAACGACCUGGAGAACCUGCGGAGCGUCCUGGCCGUGCUGGGGGCGCUGCUCGGCUGCCCCCCCCCNNNCGAGCCCCCCCCGCCGCCCCCCGCCCCGCUCGCCCAGGCUCCGCACACGGUGGCCGGGGUGGCCCUGGAGCGGCUCCGGGGCUGCCUGGAGGGGGUCGCCGCCUGCCUGGAGGGGGUCCCCGCGUGUUAGAGACCCCCGGGACACCCCGGGA